AUGGCUUCUUCGACAGCACUACCUCUCAAGGUUACACCAGCCACACCAGCUAAAAACUCUACAGAGAGCGAAACCGCAGACAAGACGCCUCUGGCGAGAAAGGGAACAACAACGCCGAAACCUACAAUGGGAGUGACCAACAUUUCUAGUCCUCACGAAUUAACGGCAUUUGUUGAGACGCUACUGGAACAACUUGAUACCAAGUUUGAUGAAAUGUCGUCCCAAAUUUUGGACAGAAUGGAUCAAAUGUCGACGCGAGUCGAUGCUCUUGAAUCGUCUAUUCAGGAUAUCAUCAAUGGUGACCUCAGUGUUUCACAGUCACCCUCCCCAAUCCCAGGGACCCCAGGCGGUUUACGGUGA